CCCUACUUGCCAACCUACUUCUGGGAGGGAGAUUUUCCCAGAGGCUCUCCUGCCUACCCCCACCCCCUAAUCUGAGGACUGAGACUCAUAUGGGUGCUAAGACUCUGACCUUUCUAGGGUCAGCUCCAGUUAAGGGGACUUAGGGCUGGCGCCAUGCCCCCUCCCCCAAAUCAAGGUCCUCUAGAACUUUCAGAAGAGGGGUCAAGUUGGGACAUGCCUGGGAAAUAAGAUUCACCAUGGUGGGGUGGCAGUAGGUCAGCAGGUGUACCUUCCUCUUGUCUCCUGCUGCACAUUUGGAGUCAAUGAUUGAGGUGCCAUGCCCCCAAAUCAGGACAGUGAGGAUGGAGGAAGGAGGCUUUACCAAGAACUCAGUGUAAAAGAUGGGCGUGCUGUGAUGUGGGGUCAGUUUAGAGGAACUCCCUGAGCAGUGAGGUUCAGAGGGCCAUGGAUAGGAGACCAUGGAAGUGAGCUACUGGCAUGUACUUGCGAUAAAAGUGGUCUUGAUUCUAGACCACCUAAGAAGCCCCUUUUCUUUCUUACCUCAUCUUGUGCAGCGUUAAUCAUAAUUGAUAGCAGACUUCAGAGGUGUGGGAUUCUCUACAGGGGGAAGAGCAUCAAAUAAUAGAAAAGACCAGUGACAGAGGCUUCAUCACAACUAUACCUCAGAAGUCCUGAAUCCUUGCCUCUUACACUUUGACCCUAAAAACUUUUGAACCACGGGUUUGAGGUCCUUCAGGCAGCAGAUGCUUCUGUGUACCUGUCCUUGUUUCCAAGUCUUCUCACCAACCCUUCCAGCCCUCCCUAAAGCAGUAAGGUUGAUGAUCCACACGCCCUUCCCCACCAGCUUUCCUAGCACACAAAAAUAAUUGGCCUGUUGCUUUGGAACGAUUUCCGAUCCCUAUCCCUGGCUCUGUAUCCCUAUAGAACCCAAACAAGGGCCAGAUAACCCCUGAUUCCCAGUGAGGGUGGAAAGUAGGUCAGUACUCCUGUCUGGCCAAAUCUCGUGGAUGGUGUUUAGGGCCUAACUAUAGAAAACUCUGUUAUUAUUGCCCACAGGCAAUACAUGCAUGCUGUGGGUUCCAAGCUGGUUCAUAGCUCUUGGACCCUGUUAGUGCUCUUUUCUGUUGAAAACAAAACAAAACAAAACACUAGUGGGAUCAGGUGCCUGGGGCCUCCUUUGGUGUGGAGAUGACUCAGGAGGUCUUGACUGGGCCUAGGAAGGUGUCCAGGUGGGUUUUGUUGAUUUGAGGCUACCCUCUAGGGAAACUUAACCCUGUUUGGGAAUUCAGCUUCAAUUUAGGCCUUCUUGUAUAUCACUUUUUUCAUCCUGGAAAAUGCUAUGUGUAAAGUAGGUCUUCUGUUUUUGUUUUGUUUUGGUGGAGGAAGCUUUGUCCUGUUCCCACUCUACUUGCUUCAUAUAUGAGGUCAGCCUCCCAUGAGGUAUUUUGCUUGCUGUGCUACAGGCAGUUUUAGGGGACCUAGAAUCUUCUCAGAAUCAGAAUAUGUGCCCAUAGGUUAGUCAGCUAUGACCAUGCAGUAUUCCCAGCCUCCCCCCCCUCCUCCCCCACCAUCUGCUUCCUCUGAAUAUACCAGAUUGGCUGUACACCAGGAUGUUCCGGGAAUCCCCAGGAGAGCAACAGAAUGUGAUGGACCCAAAUACGAUGCCUCAGUAACUCAUUCCAGGAUGUACAAACUGUAACUGUCAGGACACUCCUUAUAGCUAAUUAAAAUUCUUCUAGUUACAUCUAUUUUCUAUUACACUUAUCUAUUUUCAGUGACAUCUAAAAGGCCAAAAUAAUUCCUCUGGUACCACUGUUCCCCGCCCCCCUCCAUAGUUCCCAGAUAAGAAUUUUUAAAAAUCCUCUAGCUUUUUUCAGUGCUUUAUCUGUGGUGCUAAAAUGGCAAAUGUGGCCCCUCUAGCACUUCCUAGCUCUUCCUAUGGUACGGAGCCGAGGUGGCCAAAGUGGCUCCUCUGGUAGCCCACUGCACUCUCCAUGGUACUGAAGGGAUGACCAUUUGUUUUUAAAAUCUCUCUGGGGUCCAGAAGAGUCCUGUGACUCAGAACCACAAAUUUUUGAGCUGGAUGGGACCAUUAAUAUAAAUUAGUCCAACUUCCUUAUUUUACAGAUGAGUAAACUGGAAGGUUAAGUGAUUUACUGAAGGUUGAAGGGCUAUUAAUAGUCAGACUGGGCCCACAAUAGCCUUGCACUCCUCAGUCCUACUCUUUAAAUCACCUUUUGUGACACUACGCAUGGAGCCUAGCUGGGCUCUUGGUCCCAGGAAAGGGGUUUGUUUGGAGGAUCCAGAAGAUGAUAGUGGAUGCCCUAAUUUGGAGCUACAGAAAUACAAAUAUUAAAUGUGGUGGUGGAGGUUGUUUAAUGACCCUUGGAUGAGGACACUUUGUCAGUCAGCCUCCUGUUAAUAAAAUUCCCUUAACCCAGAUUUCACAUGUAACAGGUACCUGCCCCUUUAUGGAGUCUUAUCACAUUCACAUUCAUUAAAUGUCAAAAAUUAAAGAAGGCUUGGACCUCCAGAGCCUUUUCUCUUUGCUGAUAAGCAGGGCUGACUCCUGGCCCAGUUCUCUUCUGUUAAAGAUCCUUAAGCAAAGUAACGCUUGAGUCCUUUUCUUUCUCAGUAACCCAUUUCAGUUUCACAAUGCCUAUUGUAUGGAAGUUCUUUAUAUCUCAAAUAUUCUUUCUAUCUCAGGCAAAAAAAUAGGUUAGGCCCACAUUCAUCCAGCCUCAACUGGAGACAAUUCUGUAUGUAAGCAGGAAGGUAGGCUGGCUGACUUCUGCUCAUCUUCCCCAGGCCUGUUUCCAUGAAUGUUAAUUCUGGGGUUGCCUUUAAGUCCUAAUGCUAACUAACCUCUGCAGCUUAGAAUCAGGAGAGCACCCCCCCCCCCCAAGCUGCUUCUUAGUGCUCUUCUCCUUCCUCAGAACUGGAGCUCUGCACAUCCCAGGCCCAGGGAAUUUCAGCCUGGAGAAUUUUAACCCUUUCCUGCUCAGAGCAUGUGCUGAGCCCCUAUCUGUGCAGAUGGCCCAGCCCCGCCCCCCGUCCCUCACUCCAGCCUCUUGAGCUCAGAGCCAGUGUAAUCCUCCUCUUGUGUGAGGGAGCCUCUCCCCUGCAGAGAGAAGGAAAGCCUGCCUCGGAACAGCCCUGGACAAAGGGGCUGAGAUGCCCCAUCAAACUGCAGGCUCCAAGGUUUGAAACACGGGGAUGAAUCCUAUCUGGUAUUUGUAGUUUUUAACCCCUUCCCCAGGCCAGCAGCGCCCCUUAACUUCCACUCCUCCCCCAACUCUCUCUUCAUUCCCUCUCCCUCUGGCUCUCUCCCCCUUCAUGCCCCUCCCCCUCUGUCUGUCUCCAGACUCUCUGCUGCUGGGAGGUGUUUCUCUCCCAUGCAUGAAUGAGUCUCUGUAAUGAAUGGAAAUGAAUGGAUCAGGAAUCCAGGCGGAGGGAGGGAGAACGAGGGGGAAAAGACAGAAAGACAGGAUAAGGCCAGAAGGAAGGACUGUGGAGUGUGGAAGGAUGUUUGGCUUAUUGGUCAGUUAGGGGUCUGAGAGCAACUGGUUUCACUUGGAUAACUGGGGGGCAUGGCAGGCCCACCCGGUUUGCUCAUCAAGCUGCAUAGCCUGACUUAAAUGGGAGAGGGGUAUACUGUGAUGGUUUCUACCACCAGGGGGUGGUGAUGGUGGUGCUGAUGGUGGUGAUGGUAAAGAUGGUAGUGGUCGUUUGGGACUAGGAGUUUAAAAUUAUUACUUUGGGGGAAGACAUCCUGGUUGUUAUGGAAGACAUACCCGUGUUUCAAUUUUAGUAUAUGUGCUGCCGAAGCGAGCACCAUACCCGUGUUUCAAACCUGUGGGCUGGGCAAAUCAAGGAGUAAAAAUUUUGAAGUCUGUCUCAGGGUGCAAGGAAGGGUAAUCCUGUCUCAGGGUGCAAGGAAGGGUAAUGGAUAGGUUGCAAGAGUACGGCUGCUAAGGGUAUGGGGUUGGGGGUGCCUCUUUCCACGGCUGAAAACCAGGGCUCAUCUUUCCCUCCAAACCUGUCUCUCUUGCUUUAGCUCUUCAGCACCUGUUGCCUUCACUAGCAGCUCUUCCUCCUCCUCUUCCCUGAACUCCCCAGAACCAAAGAAUGUGAAGGGGGUCCAUGGAGGGCUCACGUCCCCGCGUUCCGGGCGGCCAUUUAGCGCCCUCGCCACCCGCCUUUGACGGCGAACUGGAUCUGCAGCGCUACUCCAACGGGCCAGGCGUGAGCGCCGGGUCUCCAGGGAUGGGAGCAGUGGGCUGGUCCGAGAGUCGCGCAGGGGAAAGACGCUUCCCUUGCCCUGUAUGCGGGAAGCGCUUCCGCUUCAACUCUAUCCUGGCUUUGCACCUGCGGGCGCACCCAGGCGCCCAGGCCUUCCAGUGCCCGCACUGCGGCCACCGCGCCGCGCAGCGGGCUCUGCUGCGCUCGCAUCUGCGCACGCACCAGCCCGAGCGUCCACGUAGUCCCGCCGCACGCCUGUUGCUGGAGCUGGAGGAGCGCGCGCUACUGCGCGAGGCCCGGCUGGGGAGAGCCCGAAGUUCUGGGGGCAUGCAGUCCACCCCUGCCACUGAGGGCCUGGCGCGGUCCCAGGCUCCUUCGUCGUCCGCCUUCCGUUGCCCCUUCUGCAAAGGCAAAUUUCGCACCGCGGCGGAGCGCGAACGCCACCUGCACAUCCUGCACAGGCCCUGGAAGUGCGGCCUGUGCAGUUUUGGUUCCAGCCAGGAGGAGGAGCUGCUGCAUCACAGCCUGACGGCCCACGGAGCUCCUGAGCGCCCCCUGGCGGCCAGCUCGGCUGCACCCCAGCCUCAGCCUCCGCCCCAACCUGAACCCAGAUCAGUCCCAGAGUCUGAGCCGGAGCCUGAACGUGAGGCAGCGCCUGCCCCCGCUCCCGCCGCUCCCGAGGAGCCCCCCGCGCCCCCGGAGUUCCGCUGUCAAGUGUGUGGCCAGAGCUUUACGCAGUCCUGGUUUCUGAAGGGCCACAUGCGCAAGCACAAGGCCUCCUUCGAUCAUGCGUGUCCCGUGUGUGGCCGCUGCUUCAAGGAGCCCUGGUUCCUUAAGAACCACAUGAAGGUGCAUGCCAGCAAGCUGGGGCCGCUGCGCGCCCCGGGGGCUGGUUCCGGGGCUGCCCGGGCCCCCCAGCCUCCUGACCUGGGCCUGCUGACCUAUGAGCCGCUGGGCCCCGCGCUCCUCUUGGCCCCGGCUCCCACUCCCGCCGAGCGCCGUGAGCCUCCGAGCCUCCUGGGCUACCUGAGCCUGAGAGCUGGCGAGGCCCGGCCUAAUGGUGAGGGCGCCGAGCCUGGGGCCGGCCGCGGCUUUGGAAGCUUCCGCCCACUGCCCUCUGCUCUUCCGGCCCGGGCUCGGCGGCAUCGCGCGGAAGAGCCAGAGGAGGAAGAGGAGGUGGUGGAGGCAGAGGAGGAGACCUGGGCCCGCAGCAGGGCGUUGGGCCCUCUGGCUUCACUGCACCCGCGCCCAGGCGAGGGGCCAGGGCACUCUGCGUCUGCUGCGGGGACCCAAGCAAGGUCCACCGCCACGCAGGAAGAGAAUGGGCUGUUGGUUGGAGGGACCCGGCCUGAAGGGGGCCGGGGAGCCACAGGAAAGGAUUGCCCCUUCUGUGGAAAAUCUUUCCGCUCAGCGCAUCACCUUAAAGUGCACCUUCGAGUGCACACAGGCGAGCGCCCCUACAAAUGUCCGCACUGCGACUACGCGGGCACCCAAUCCGGCUCGCUGAAGUAUCACCUGCAGCGCCACCACCGAGAGCAGAGGAGUGGGGCGGGCCCCGGACCACCCCCAGAGCCGCCGCCCCCUUCCCAGCGGAGUGCGGCACAGCAGUCGGGAGCCAAGGCGGCUCCGCAGCCUGCGACCUGGGUGGAGGGCGCGGCGAACCCCCGGCCUCCUUCGAGCGCGGCGCCGGGGUCCCGUCGGAAGCCCGCCAGUCCCGGGAGGACCCUGCGCAACGGGCGAGGCGGUGAGGCCGAACCCCUGGACCUGUCCCUGCGGGCGGGGCCGGGAGGCGAGGCUGGGCCGGGGGGUGCCCUCCACCGAUGCCUCUUCUGCCCCUUCGCCACGGGAGCCCCUGAGCUCAUGGCCUUGCACCUGCAAGUGCACCACAGCCGCAGGGCUCGGGGCCGCAGGCCGCCCCAGGCCGACGCGUCCCCGCCUUACGCCCCUGCACAAUCCGGAGACACCCCUCCCAGUCCUCCUCAGGAAGGGGAGGAGGGCCCCGGGCUGCAGAGAGCGGGAGAGGCGGGGCUAGGGGGACAAGAACGGUAGGGAGCCCUCUUAGGGGCGGUUAGCUUAGUGAGCUCACCCCGCGGGAGCGGGGGAGCGCUAGAGGUAGUUGGGUAGAGCAGCCAGCAGGGGGCAGCGUGGGACCCAUAUCCCAGCCCCAGGCGGACCAGAGGUGGAGGGGGUGGAGGGCGUAGGAGGGUGGGCGGGCGCUACCCACCCAGCCCAGGGGAGAGUCACAGUGCCUUAGAAGUGGCAGGGGUGAGGAUCAAAGAACGGGGUCCCAGGGCUGGCAGAGGGUUGUGUCCCUGUUGAGGAGCCGCUCUGCCAGUCUUUGCUGGUCCAUAGGCGUGAGAGUUUAUUUUUGUACAAUGGGUGGGGGUGGGGGGCACUGUACCCUUCUAGCCCCUUCAGGGGCCCUGUAGACGUCGCUAUUUUUGGUACGAUUCCUGUCAUCCCUGUCGCAGAGUUGUGUCCCCAAUAAACAGGUGUCUUGAGGCACA